AAGAGAUUAUAUGAUUUUACGAUUUUUCGAGCUUCGACUGCUGAUUUGCAUUUUAUCUUUCCUUUUCAUUUAGUAUGUACAGUGCGAUUUUAUAAAACCAAAUCAUGGAUUGAAGAGAAAUCUUUCAUUGUGCGUCCCAAAAAGCUGACAUGUGUUUUUCCAAGAUAUUUCUAAUCGUUAAAGUUUGCUCUGCUUAAUUUCCUGGCCUAUCAAAGAUGAUCAAAAUUUACAAACAAAUUUGACUAAAUUAGUCUGCGUUGAAUCAUAGCUUUAGGCAAAUUUUCUCGAAGAUAGAGUUUAUAGUACUAGUUAAAGUCUUAGGACCCAUCCAAGCGAAAAAGAAUAAUAAAAACAGUGCUGGAUUGCGCUAGAAUUAUACAAGACAAAGGCAGAUAUUGUUUCUUUUCAUAAAAAAAGCAUUAUUUUCGUAACCGCAUACAUAUAUACUCUGGGGAGUCGUUUUCGGCAUUUUUACAUAAAAGGAAACAAAUAAUAGAACAGCGGCAGGUAAAUGUAUCACGCCAACUGAGUGUAAACUCUUUCUUUUUUUUUAUUCCUAGUCUUUGUGUUUCAAAUUAAUAGUGCGGCUCUUUUCAAAAGUCCAUGGGAAACACACCGAUGUCUGUGAAAUGCGAAAAACAUAUUAAGUAAAAUUCCGACUAUUGGAUUUUAUCAUGGCCUUUUGAAAAUGAGAUAAAAAUCGUAGUGAAUCAUUACUAUCACCUGAGACAACAAGGAACUUAGCUUAUUUAUACUCUUUUUGGAAAGCGUACAAUUCCAAAAAAAGUUUUCGAUAACGGGGUGAAGCAUGACGUACUAAGGGUAAAAAUAACUAGUUUUAAACAAACCAUAGCCAUGGCAACAGGGUCUACCCCAUCCAGCCUUAUUGAUUACUCCAGGUCUAACAUAUCAAAUCAAAGCUGUUCGACAAACUCAAGCCUGUCAAAGAAAGAAUAGUCAAUAUCCUAGAUCUUAAUUAUGGUGUGAUUAUGAUUUUCCGAUGACAAAUCGGCGUAAACGGAUUAAAAUUAGUCCGCGAAGUGAUGAAGUUUAGUUCAGCAGUUUAUUGACUUCUAAUCUAGCAGGUGGCGCAUGUCUCAGUUUUAGAACCAUAAAAUCAAAAGUCUUUUUUCUUCUGAUAAGUUUACAAAAGAAUUCAAUUUGUUUUUCUGCUUACUCAUUAUGAAAUAUUGAUUAGCUUAGAUUCUGAAGAACAUAGUUUUGACAUUUGAAGGAUAGGACGUCUGACAUGCAUAGCAACAUCAUCAAUAGAAGUAGAGAGGAUUCGUAACAACAGAAGAACCAUCGAUUACUCUGCAUUUCUACUAGAUAACACGAUUGAACAUCGAAGGGUCGAGCGAAAUGAAGACUGUUCUUUUUGUACUACAAAUCUUCUGUCUUCUGGCUCUAGCCUCAACCAGCCAGCAGUCCUUUUGUCCAGCUUCGAUUCAUUCUGAAGGCGCGCGCAUCACUCAAGUUAACCUUGUUCUUCGGAGCAAGCAUGUGAAAAAGCGUCUUCAGGGUCAAAGUCAGAUGUCAUGUAGUCAGCGGUGUCUUCAGCAAGACUGGUGUAUAUCGGUGAACUACGAAGUGUCUCGUCCGGAAGGAGGGGCCUGCGAGUUGAACACAUACGGAGUUGAGAUGAUGGCCGACGCAAAUCCUGAUAAUCCAGAGUUCGAAACGAAAACGGAAUGGAUAUAUUCACAGUUGAGGUCUGCUCAGUUUACUGCAAGCCUACAAGAAUGCAGAGACAACUUCUGUUCAAACGGAGGAACUUGUGAAAUUGACUGCGAAACCAUCAGUGAAAGAUGCAAAUGUGUAGCUGGUUAUACAGGCAUGAAGUGCGAGACAGACAUCGAUGAAUGUUCUGGUAAUCCUUGUGCAAACGGGGGGACUUGUACUGAUGGAAUCAAUAGCUUCACGUGCGUAUGUCCUGCUGGUUACACAGGAAGCACAUGCGAAACUGAUAUUGACGAGUGCGCAACCACUCCCUGUCAGAACGGAGCCAUAUGCAAUGACGGCGUUAACAAUUACACAUGCUCAUGCAAUCCAGGGUACACCGGCGCAAACUGCGAGACGGAAGCGACCUGCGACAUUGUGUUCCCUGUUGGUUACAAGUCCGGUUUUCCUGUCGUGACCUUUUCAUCACCCGAGGUCGAGCUCGACCAGUUCGCCGUGUGCGCGUGGUAUUCCCUGUACCAAAAGUGGACAGAGAACGUCAUCUUGUCCUACGUCACGAGUGAUAACAGAAGUCAGCUGGAGGUCACAAUAAAGCGAGAUGGAAAGAUUGGGCUGUCAGUCAAUUGGAAGUCGGUCAUCGCCCCACUUCUUGACAAGUUUCUUUAUUUCGAGGGAUGGCACUUCUUCUGCAUCGGGUACAAGAAUGAUAAUAAAAUAAGAGUCACGAGAGACAGUGAAGCUUUUGGUGACGAAGACUUCGAUUUGUUGAAUAAUGGAAAGCUCACAGGAGGCGGGAAACUUGUGCUCGGUGCGGCCCAGAGAUGUUUUGGGGGGUGUUUCCAAGAAUCAUCAAUGUUUAAAGGAGAUCUCACGAAUGUAAACAUUUUCAAUAAAAAAGGUACAACUACAUAUUACCAUUGCAUGACAGAUGCAAUGACAGAUAGUGACACCCGAAUAUUGAAAUGGAGUACGAUACAGAGGGGACAUCCUGCGAACGGUACGAUCUCUGCUACGUGUCCCACAAGCUGCAAUUCGACCACUGUACAAGACCCAAGUUGCGAAUUCCACUUCCCCAAUCGCAGCACAGAGAACUUUGUUGCUGUGCCCUUGCCAGUCGAUCUCUCUGAGUGUACAAUCUGCGCUUGGUACUCUCUGUCGAGUGAGUGGAAGGACAACGUAAUACUCUCCUACGUCACCAGUGACAACAGCAGCCAACUCCAAGUGGUGAUUAAAGCCGACGGAAAACUCGAGCUUAUGGUUAACUGGAAAACAUUCAUACAAGACACACUGGACCUCUCUGGAUGGCAUAAAUUUUGUGUUCAAUGGAAGAUAAGUGACCAGAAAAUACAGCUCCAUCGAGAUUCUGCAACCCUUGAUAACAAUAGGUUUGCUGAGCUAGAAAAUCAGAAGGUUAGCAGUGGCGGUGAACUCGUCAUUGGAGCAGCACAGAGAUGUUACGGUGGUUGUUUCCAAGAAUCACUAACAUUUCGCGAAAAUCUGACACAAGUAAAUAUAUGGAAAGAAAAGAUAUCAGGAAAUGAAGUAGGUAAACUAAACUGUGGAGGAUACAGAGGCUCAAAGCCGACAGCUUUGCACUGGAAGACAAUUCAGGCUCAGCCCUUGAAUGGAGCAGUUCGAGUCACGUGUGAUGGGGGAUGUAGUUCCUGAUCAGCAGAAGGUAUAAACCAUUAAUAGUUUGCAGCUUGCUUAACCCAAAAUGCAAAGAAAGCUUAUCCAGGGUGAGAUUUCCCGUCCAAUCACCCUCUCUAUCACUACAUCCAAAAUAUUUCAAAGAGUCUAUUGGGCAUUGCGUUGCUAUGUAUUCGAGUUAGAAUUUGAUGGACUUCGCGUUUUUUUUUACCACAAAAGAUCAUACGACUUUUCUGUCUUCAAGCGUAGUCUUUUAUUCUUAAAAAAGCCAUGUGAUCUUGUGUAGUCCAAAUAUAUAUAACCUACAAAAACAGUUAUAAAGAGCACAAAAUCUGUUUAGGAACAUAUUAAACAUUAUUUUUUUCGGGGUCCGGUAUCCAUCAAAUCGCGCGCUCUGAUUGGCUCUCCUGAAGUCCGGUAUCCUACGAGCGCUGAGCGUAACGAGCGCUCGUCUGGCGUUACGCUCAGCGCUCGUUUCCGCUCAGUAGGCCCUGGGUCCCCGAGGAUGUAUCCACAUUCAAGAGAAGUUCUUUAGUGAAUAUAUCUUAUCGUCUGUGGAGGAUUUAAAGCGAAAGAAGACAUUUCUACGAUCAAUUCGAGUUGAGAACGAAGUAUCAAUUUGAACUAAACUAUUUUACAAAUUUGUUGGUCAAAACUCAGAAAAUGCCUUCUUUGGAGGUUUUGUAACUUUGGAGGAUUAAAAACGUUAUGUGGAAAUACAAAAUGGAGUUUAUUGCAUGAUCACGAGCGAACAAAAUCUUCACGAACCUCGCCUCGUGCAACCAUAAGCCCGUAAAGUAAACAAA